UAGGGUAUUCGAGAAAUGGCUUCCGAUAGUAAAACAUCAGUUGUCCUCUUUCUAGUCCUAAAUAUUCUCUUCUUCACUCUUACUAGUGCAUGUGGCACUUGCCAACCAAAGCCUAAACCAAACCCGAAGCCGAGCCCCAGCCCCGGAAGGGGCACUUGCCCUAGGGAUGCCUUAAAAUUAGGGGUAUGCGCUAAUCUUCUAGGUGGAUUGCUUGGUGUUACCAUUGGGACACCACCAAAAACUCCAUGCUGCUCCCUUAUCCAAGAUUUGAGUGAAACACAUUCUAGUGGGUCUUGGAGAUUGUAA